UCAAAAUGUAAUCAUGAGUAAUCAGCUUUCGGCCUUAGCUCAGUUGCCACUGCAACUGUACGUUUGAUAAACUAUCUCGUUGUUAUUAUUAUUACUAUGAAAAAUCAUCAGAAUGAAGUUUAUUAGUUAAAGAAUGAAAAAAAUAAUAUAAAAAUGGAUUUGUCUGAAAUAAAUUCUAUGGAAGAUGUUCUUCAAGCUCUUCAUUCUCCCUUCACAGAAUAUUUAAAUCAUGAUGCUAUUCUGAAAAAGAGCAAUUUUAUCAAAUCUUCUGAAGCAGAAAUUUUUUCUGCUGAUACAAGUGAUAGAAGUACUGCUGUAGAGGAAUUGCUCGAUUGGAUUUCAACAAGUAGCGAUGCUGUUGUCGCUUUUCUAGAAGCUUUAAAGGAUCUUACUAAAGAUUUAGCAGGUAUAAAAUCAGCAUUUACAGAUGCACUGGUACCAGGUCCAGAUGGAAAUGAUGUGCCAGUGUACAGUUACAUGAGGAGUAUAAUUAGUUUGAUUGAUGGAAGUUUGGUGAAGCAGCUUUCCAUUGACAUUUUACAUUCUGCUCUUGAUAAGCUGAAAGUGGAUAAGUGUAUUUUUGAUAGUGGCUACAAUGAAUGUAAAAUGAUAAAAGACCUAAAAGAAUGCUCUUCAACUAUGUAUAAACACAUCAGAAAAAGAAAAGUGGAUUGGGUGUUUGUGUUUAUGAAUGCAAUAUUUGAAAAAAAUCCUUAUUUGAAAAAAGAAUUGUUUAUCAGUGAGCCACAAACCAGUGAUAAUGAUUGUUCUCAGUCAAUUUCGAUACACCUGGAAACUGACUCUAAUGAAAACAAACCACCUAAUUAUCUGGAUGAAAUGAAGCUGAUCUCACACCCACAGCCAAAGAGUAUUGUUAGUGAUUUCUCUGAAUAUUUGAACUCUGAGACUGAUCUACCAGGAGAGCCAAGGCACAAUACAGCUGAGAAUGUAAACCUUCCCGCUAAUCAGAUCAACUCUGCUUCCCCUAUACUCCCUAUGGAUAACAGACAAGUGGAUGUGAAAGCUGAGAAGAGUGAUGAACCCAUAAGCGAACCUAUGAUCAGCCAUGCUAGUUGGUCCCACAAAGAGGGCAACAGCCAAUCAACACCAUCCUUACAAGCUGGCCAAUCAACACCAUACUUACAAGCUGUGGUUAGCUUAGCAGUUUAUCCAGUAGUCAAUAAUUUGUCUAGAGACUUAGACUAUGCUAAGGAAAAAACAGGACUGAAUGAAAUAACUUUGACACAAACUGAAUAUGCAAAACCCAAUACCCAACUGAUGAUAAAAAAUAAAGUGUUUGACAAAAAGAAAAUUGUAGUAAAAAAUGACAGUGAAACAAGCCUGCUCACUGGCCAAUUUUCUGAUGAUGAUGAAGUGGAUGAGGAUCUAACUGAGGCCAAAGCAUUGACAACAAACAAUGAUGUUUUUGAUAAUCUGCAUUUAAGAAGUUACCAGAAAGAGCUGGCUGAGAAGGCAGUUCAGGGUUUGAAUACAGUCAUUUGUGCACCAACAGGCUCGGGAAAAACAAGAGUUGCAAUUUUUAUUUUGCUUAAAAAACUCGAAGCUUUAAAAGCUUCUGGGAAGAAGAAAAAAAAGAAGAUUGCAUUUUUAACACGAACAGUUCCACUAACCAUACAACAGUACAAGGCUAUUAAGAAGUAUCUUCCUGGUGAAUAUAAGAUAGCAUAUGUGACUGGACAAACAGAGGACGGCUCCCAGUUAAGUCUGCUGUUAAAAAAACUGGACGUUGUGGUGAUGACACCCAUGAUCCUGGAGAACAGCUUGAAAAAAAAAUCCGUCAAGCUGCGUGACUUCUCGCUGUUGGUGUUUGAUGAGUGCCACCAUACGCGGAAGGAAGAGCCUUACAAUUUGCUGAUGUACAUCUAUUUGAUGUUCAAAGUGCGAGGCAGUGAGAAACAGAGAGCCAAUUUGCCUCAGAUUGUUGGACUGUCUGCCACCAUUGGAAUAGACAAGGCUACCACUGUUAAAGAGGCAGUCGACAAUAUCUUAAAAAUCUGUGCCAACCUGGAUGCCCCUCAUCUUUCAAUAGUCAAGGACAACUUAAACGAAAUGAAGAAACUUGUCCCCUUGCCAUCUGAAAAGGACAUUCAAUUAGAGGAAAGAGAUACAGAUGAUUCUUUAAUGAAAAUUACACAAAUAAUGAAAAAACUGGAAGACCAUGUUAAACAACAUGCUAAUGACCUAAAGGAUGAGGAAAUUAAAAAGCUGUCUAAAAACAUUCCUAUGGACAAAAAGAGUCAAGCUUAUGGUCAGUGGGCAGUUAAGCUUAAAAAAACUGCUAAAGCCGUGCCCAUUGAAGACAUUGACAGGGAGACCAAUCUGGCUGCCAGGGCACUGAUGAUCAUAGCCGAUUAUCUAACAGGCUACAAUGUUGGGAUGGAGGCUCAUGAUCUCGUGGAGUUAAAGGAUGUCAUGCUGUACCUACACAAGCGUUUUGAAAAGUUUAACAAAAAGGAAGAAAGAACACCUGAGGAAGAAACUUUCUACUGCUACUUUGAAGAUUUAGCUAAGCUUGUGUCUAGGCGACAAGGGGAGGAUAAUCCAAAUCUAAGUGCCCUUGCUGGUGUUCUGUCCACUGAAAUUGUUGAGAAGGGCAAAGACUCAAGGGGCAUAAUCUUUGUUAGAACCAGGGCCCUGGCUGAGGCCCUCAAGAUGUGGCUAUCAAGGUGUGGCAUCAAAUCACUGCAGGACCUCAAUGCUCAGGUGUUUACUGGCACUAAUGCUUCAGAGGAGGAAGGGGGUAUGUCACAAACUCAACAAGAGGAUACCAUCCGGGGCUUUAGGGCAGGGGAUGUUAAGGUCUUGGUGGCCACAUCUGUUGCGGAAGAGGGUCUCGACAUCCCAGACUGCAACCUGGUGGUCAAGUAUAACCAUGUUGGCAAUGAGAUCUCCAAUGUGCAAACUAAAGGCAGAGCCAGACAAAAGGGUGGCACCUCUUAUCUCCUGGCAACCGGAGAUGUUCUGAAGAGAGAGUACAUCAACCGGGAGAAGACUAAAUUGAUGAACAAGGCUUUUAAGUUGAUUAGUGAAAAACCAGUAGAGGAGAUCAGGGCUGUUUUUGACAACUACCAAAAGAGAAUCAUUGAAGACAAGGAAAUUGACAUGGCGAUGGAGGCGAAACGCAAAACACUUUUGAAGAAUGAGGAAUUCACCAUGGUGUGCUCCCUGUGCAGAAAAGUUAGUAUCAAGAGCACCAACAUCAGAUCUAUAUUUGACAAGUUCAGAGUUUCCAUAGACAGAGACCUGAUAAAACAUAUCAAGUGUGUGCCUGGAAAGCGCCAGCCUUAUGUUGAUGACUUCCAGUUGCUGGGGCCAGUUUUCUGCCUGGGUCAGCCCAAGAAAGGUAAAGUCUGUGGCCACAAGCUGGGUACCAUGAUCAAGUUCAGCGCUGACAUCUACUUCGCUAUGGGGAUCAAGAAGUUUGGCUUCUACAGAAACAACACUGAGAAACUGGACCAUUACGUCAAGUGGGCUCAAGUGCCGUACGUCAUUAAGGACAUUUCAUAUGAGGAUCGUCUUGAGUACAAUAAUGUGACUGCAAUUGAAAAGAUUUUGGAAGAUGAAAGUAGCAGCGAUGAGGAUGAUGAUGAUGAAAGCACUGAUACUGUAACUAAAACAGUACAAGACAAAGAUAACGACGACGACUCUGAUGCUAAUACUCUUGUGGACGCCAAGUCUCUACAGGCUCAAACAAAGAUGAAAAGUGAGACGAAUGUGGCCCAGGAAAGUAUCUUGAGUAGCCCGCAUGUCACACACGAGAAUUUCACACCAUCUUCUCCAGGUGACGAGCAGUUGAAAAGGACAGAAGAGAACAUGAAAGUGGAUGAUGUUGAAAAUCCAGCGUACAACAAUGCCGUAGCAUUACGGGAGAUUCCAGCGUCAGAGGGUGCUCGGGUGAAGCCGACACCCAGUGUUACGCUAGACAACUGUCUGAAAAUUCUUGACCAGACACCAAGCCUGAUCUCUAGCAUGAGAGAUGAAAUAAGCAUUGAAGGUAGUUCAGUAUUAUCCUCAAUACAGUACAGUGAGGUGAGCAGUGAAGUGGCAGAUUGAAGCAGUUAACAUUUCUAUACUGACAGUCCAGUACAACUAAUUUUACAUGAAAUAAUUUUGAAUCCUCUUUUCUGUUAUGUAAAUUGAAAGUUUUUUUAUCAUUGUUAUUGAAACAGUUUUCUAAUUUUAAUGUUUUUAUCAACUUCUAAGACAAAUUUAUUGUAGUGACCUAGCUGUUAUAUUUUUAAAAAUGUAAUUCACUUUCAUGGAAUUUCUAAAUUAUUUUCAAAUAUUUUUUAAGUAAACUGUAAACAAUUUAAACACUCUUAAAGGGGUCAAGUUAAAUAUUAAGUUAUCUCAAUCAAUGAGUUUUUAAUUUUAUUGUUACCAGCUUCAAUAUUCCCUGUAUCAUUGCCAUUUGCAAAAUGUAAUGCCCCUGGUUUAUGGGAUGGCAUGGUUGGGUGUUAGAACAUAUGAUUGCUGAUCCGAAAGUCUCAGGUUUGGGUACCGGGUUUGAAUUUCACAGGACAUCCAUGUGUCCGCUCAGCUCUAUUGAGUACCAACUUUAGGAAUAGUAACGUCUGAUAAGCUUGGUGCUGACCACACUAUCCCUUCAUAUGCCAAGGUCACAUAAACAGGUGAACUCUACUUCAUCUGUCACGUAGACCACCAGGUUAUAAAGGGUAUAGUGGCUUCUGUUUAUGCAAAAAAAAAACGUACUACAAAAUAAAUAUAUUUCCUGAUUACUUCACAAAUUUAAAAAAUUGUGUAUCAGUAUUUUGCAUAAUUACAUUUAAAAGAUUUUGCAUAAUUACAUUUGAAAGAUUAAGGUAGUACUAAGAGAACAAGUGCAUAAAUAGACAAGAAAUGUAAACAUCUGGUUGAGCAAUACAGUAGACCGAUUUGAAAUCUGUGUUAUGUACAUUAAAUUAUUAUCUACAUUUAUUUAAGUAUUUUUCUCUCAAAAUAUGUACAUUUUUAAAAAUAAAAUUUAUUUUUAAGUUUUUAUAUUAAAAGAAUGCUUUAAUGAAGUUUAUACUUGGUGUUUUUAGUUUUUUUAGUUUAUUUAUAAAACCCCAUUUAGGCAAAUGUGUGUGUAUAGCAACAGUCAUAUAACAGCUGUUAUCUCUUCCCGAAAUUGGCUUUAACUGCAUCACAGACAUGUGAAACAAUGUUCUGAUACAAAAUUGUAUUAUUGUUAAGUUUAAUAGAAAAAGCAAGAAAAAUAUUCUUUAACUAGAAUAGCUAUUAAAUGUGAGUUUUUAGUUUCUCAAUUUCAAGAUGAGGUUGCAUAUAUAUUAUUUAUGAAAAGUUUUAGUUGCAAAUUUUAAUUUACUUAUUUUAUCUAGUGAUAUAAUGACACUACAUUCUUAUUAUAUUUUAUUGCUGGAAAUAUACAUUUUUUAAUUAUUACAGUGAGUCAUUUUAAACUUGACUUAAACCUUUAAAAAUGCUUCUUCAUCUAAAAUGUUAUUUCUAAUAGGGAAGAAUCUGAAAAACUUAUGAUUGUUUAUAAAUCAGAUAAAUUCUACUAUCUGUGUAGCCACAUACAGUUAAGUUUGUUUUAACAGAAUUUGAAAGCAUGAAUAAAAGAGCUUAAAAAUUAUCAAGAACACACAUAAUGAAAGAUGUAAAGAGAAUCUUUAUUUUAUCAAAUAAUUUGGUGGUGUAUAAUACUUAAUAAGUAUAAUAAUAAUAAUACUUAAAAGUGAGCACAAAAAUUGUUGAAGUAUUUAUGUUUUGAUUAGGUAAAAAAAAAGCAAAUUUAAAAUACUGACAGUAAAUUGCAUGAUUUAUGUCUUUUUUUUAAUAUACUUAUUUAGUUUCUCUGUACUUUGCAAUGGAAGUAUUUAAUAUCAAUGAAUGCUACUGUAAGAAGUGUAAAAAGAUAAAUUAUUUGUAAAAUUUGCUUAUUCAUGGGCAAUUAUUUGCUGCGUAAUAAAUUAAAAUAUUU